AUAAUAGUAUCGAAAUCUUUCGCUUGUGCGCGUGUGCAGCCGUGCGUGUGCGAGCGCGUGCGCUGUAUAACAUUUGUACGUGAAGCUCCAGCUGCACACCAGGACACCAUGGAUGUCACUCAGCCCGCGCGCAGUAACGAGUCGGAGUAUGAGUACGAUUACUCUGAGUAUUACGAGUUAGACGCGCUGGCGGACUUUCGGCCGUGUGAGAAACACCAGGUGAAAAAGUUCAGCCGUUAUUUCCUGCCUGUGUUUUACUCGGUCGCGUGCGCUCUCGGUCUGUUCGCUAAUUUCACCCUGCUGUACGUGCUCGUGCGGAGCAAACCGGUGAGAAGGGCUCAUCCCUUGUGCGUGCUGUGCGCGGACCUGCUGUUCACGUCCACUUUGCCGUUCUGGGCGGUUUACGCAGCGCGGGACUGGGUCUUCGGGGAGCGCGCGUGUAAACUCGUCACUCUGGUGUACGCGGUCGGUCUAUACGGCAGCAACCUGUUCGUGGCGUGUGCGGUUUUGCGGAGCCGCGUGAACGCGCUCCGGUGUUUCCGACGCUUUGGGGAGACCACGAAGAACGUCGUAUGGUGCACGUGUGUGUGGAUGUUGUCAUGUCUGGCCUCCGUGACACACCUGCACUUCGUGGACGAGCACCACUUCCACGGCGAGACCCACUGCACCUACCACUUCCCACAUGGCUGGAAGGUCUUCAUGCGCCUCCAGCUGGUUGUGCUCGUCUUUGGGAUACCGUUCCUGCUCUUGCUCGGUUCCUCCGUCGUCUUGUUCCUGCGCACGCGUUCUUCAGUGUGUUCCAGAACGCUGAGAUGUGCCUUCAUCUCCACUGGGCUGUUCUUUGCGCUCUGGUUCCCGUACACAUUGGUGAUUAUGCUACACCUUCUGCAGGAGCUGCACAUGGUCUCGGAGUGCAGCAUGAGUCUGCACCUGGACCUCGCCAUCCAGAUCACAGAGUGCAUCGCCUUCACUCACGUCUUCAUCAACCCUGCAGCAUACGUCCUGCUCAACAAGCGUGUGUGGAGGGUCUUCAGGGCAAAGUUUGUGAACCCAAGGGAGUACCUACUCAACAUGUCAGAGAACACAGACAGUGUGUCCAGUCAGGACAAUGGCGUAGAGUUAAGGGCUCUCCAAAAUUUCUCAAAUCCUGAGUAUGAACAAGAAAACACUGAGAAACAAGGUCACUUCUUACCACAAGCCACAUAACCUUGACUGAGCUCACUAACUAGCAUAAAUGAUGAAGAAUGGACUAAAAGAUUGUCAGUUGCACAUCCUGCCAUAAAAAUGAUAAACAUCUACAACUGUGCUAAAUAAACCACAUUGUGCUGCUAAUAAAUAUCAGUAUAUAAAUAUCAGUAUUUUAAUAUGAAUAAUCAUUAUUUAUAGCCUGUAUGUAACUUGUAGCCAACUUUAUAUAAAUAUAGCCUUAUCAUAGGAUAUUAGCCACUUCCUGUUAUUCAUACAAAACUAACGCAAUCACUUUUAUGCUGAAUAAAAUA